CAUGGUCGCACCUCCUUCUCCCUCUAUGGGCCGGAAGCGGGAUGUGAUGUAAAAAUUACAUUGGAACUUUUUUCCUUGUGUGCUGAUCCUCAGAUCCAUUGUAAUACACCGAGAAUCAUCCACUUUUUUGCGAUAAUGAUCCGGAAAUUUUAAUCAACAAGCGUGUCCGAAGGCCAGUCGAGUUGGGAAAGUCUAUUGUCGGGAUCCCGUCAAUAACUCAAAUCAGAGAUGUAGCCUCUGUCUAUAUCUGUCCUCAGACAUUUAAGGCCCACCAUGCUGCUCUAUCUGCUACUGGUCUUUCAAGCCAAUGCCAAUGCCCAGAUCGACCCAGCACACUGCCGCUACCCUCUUGGCAUGGAGGAUGGCAGGAUCAAAGACCAUGACAUCACCGCCUCCAGCCAAUGGUACGAGACCACUGGGCCACAAUAUGCCAGGUUGAACCGGGAGGAGGGUGACGGGGCGUGGUGCCCAGCGGGGCUCCUACAGCCCUCUGACACCCAGUACCUGCAGAUCGACCUGGGCCAGCUCACCUUCCUGACAGUGGUGGGAACACAGGGCCGCUAUGCCCGGAACUCGGGUAAAGAAUUCGCCCGCAUGUACCGCCUGAACUACAGCCACGACGGCCAGCUCUGGAGAUCCUGGAAGAAUCGCCUUGGCAAUAAGACGAUGGAGGCGAAUGACAACGCCUAUGUCUCUGUGAUCAAAGACCUUCACCCGCCCAUCAUCAGCCGCUACAUCCGUCUCAUCCCUGUCACCAAGAUGCCCACCACUGUGUGUAUGAGACUGGAGCUAUACGGCUGCCCCUGGCACGACGGCCUGACGUCAUACAGCUCUCCUGAAGGUCAGCUGAUGAUGCCUCCUGGGUAUCCCAUUGCCAGCCUCAACGACUCCACAUACGACGGCGCCCACGAACGAAGGAAACUGUCUGGGGGGUUGGGUCAGCUGACGGACGGUGUGACUGGUCAAGAUGACUUCCUGGUGACGCGGCAGUACCAUGUAUGGCCUGGAUAUGACUAUGUGGGCUGGAGGAACGGGAGUCUGGGCUCUGGCUAUGUGGAGAUGGAGUUUGUCUUUGACAAGCAAAGGAACUUCACCUCCAUGAAGGUGCACAGUAACAAUAUGUUCUACCGCGGGGUGAAGAUCUUCUCCUCCGUGUCCUGCUCUUUCAAGCCUCGUCUCAUUGCUAACUGGGAGACCGAGCCGGUGGAGUUCCGUACGGUGCUGGACGACCGCAACCCCAGCGCUCGCUAUGUGACCGUGCCUCUGGGACGCCGUAAUGCCAAGGCCCUGCGCUGCCGCUUCCACUUCGCUGAUGUGUGGAUGAUGUUCAGUGAAAUCUCCUUCCAGUCAGCAGACACCGUGAUUCCUACUCAGAUAACCCUGGCGGUGACAUCCCCUUGGCCCACGGAGGAGAGCUCCAUGCCCACCACCCACAAGACUGUGACAACCCCAUCAACCAAGGACCAACCGGAUGAUGGGAACACCCCUAUUCUGAUUGGCUGUCUGGUGACGAUCAUCCUGCUGCUCGUGGUGAUCAUCUUCCUGAUCUUGUGGUGCCAGUAUGUGUGCAAGGUGCUGGAGAAGGCUCCACGCCGUAUCCUCGAGGAGGAGGUCACCGUGCGCCUGUCCUCCAGUAGUGACACCAUCAUUCUGCAGACCCCUCCCGUGCCCCCCCGGGUCUCUCAGAUGGACCACCCGUACGAGCGCGUCUUUCUCCUGGACCCUCAGUACCAAGACCCAGCCGGCCUCAGGAACAAGCUGCCUGAACUGUCUCGGAGUGCAGAGACCUCAGCGUGUGGUGGGGGCUAUGCGGAGCCCGAUGUCACCCAGUGCACGCCUCAUCAGUGCUUCCAGAGCAGCGUGCCGCACUACGCCGAGACGGACAUCGUAAGCCUGCAGGGUGUGACAGGCAGUAACAUGUACGCCGUGCCCGCACUCACCGUCGACUCGCUCACCCGCAAGGACAUCUCCGUGGCAGAGUUCCCCCGCCACCGGCUACUCUUCAGGGAGAAGUUGGGGGAGGGGCAGUUUGGGGAGGUCCACCUGUGUGAGGCUGAGGGUCUGCCUGAGUUUCUGGGGGAGGGCGCCCCCCUUCCCGACCGAGACGGACGGCCUGUACUGGUGGCGGUGAAGCAACUGAGGGCAGACGCCACCAACAACGCCAGGAACGACUUCCUGAAGGAGAUCAAGAUCAUGUCGAGGCUCAACGACCCCAACAUCAUCCAGUUGCUGUGUGUGUGUGUGAGCUCAGACCCACUGUGCAUGGUGACUGAGUACAUGGACAACGGAGACCUCAACAUGUUUCUGUCACAGAGAGAGAUGGAGAGCACCCUGACCCACGCCAACAACAUCCCCGCAGUCAGCUUGUCAGAUCUCCUGCACAUGUCAGUGCAGAUCUCGUCCGGCAUGCGCUACCUGGCCUCUCUGAACUUUGUGCACCGAGACCUGGCCACACGCAACUGCCUGCUGGACCGCAGACUCACCAUCAAGAUAGCAGACUUCGGCAUGAGCAGAAACCUGUACAGCAGUGACUACUACCGCAUUCAGGGGCGAGCUGUGCUGCCCAUCCGUUGGAUGGCCUGGGAGAGCAUUCUACUGGGUAAAUUCACCACGGCCAGCGAUGUGUGGGCCUUUGGCGUCACCCUGUGGGAGAUCUUCACUCUGUGUAAAGAGCAGCCUUACAGCCUACUGUCAGACGAACAGGUCAUCGAAAACACUGGCGAGUUCUUCCGGAACCAGGGCAGACAGAUCUUUCUAUACGCCCCACUGCUCUGUCCUCCCUCUCUAUUUGAGCUGAUGAUGCGUUGUUGGGACCGCGACAUCGCCGAUCGACCCACCUUCGAGGGGUUGUACCAGGCCUUACGACCACACGUGGUCCAGUGAACUUUGAACCCUGGCACAACCAACGGGCUGUCCUGAGUGUGAGGUCUAUUUAGCCUGAAUUCUCUUCUCUUAACCCCUCUGACUGACAGACAGAUGGACAGACGGACAGACAGACAGACAGAGAGACAGACAGGCAGACAGACAGACAGCGGGGAGGACUGGAAGAGGAUGCAGCGAUGUUGUCAUUUUAAGAGAGCAGGAAGUGGGUUGAGGUUAUCACUUCCAGAAUGUGGACCAUUGCUUUCAUAUUUCACAUUCUUCAGUGAUGGACCUGAAUCAUUUGAAAUCCAUGAAAAAAAGCUCUCACCCUUUUUGUCUGUUGAUGCUUUGUGUAAAUUGAAUUCUGUUCAUCCAUCUUUAUACAGUAUGUUGUGUUUUCAUGUUGAUUUUGUAUGGUAGGCCUACCAAAGAAAACAUAAUGUCCCUAAUACCUGGCCUAGUAAGAAAUCGACAACUGGACAAAUGCUUUUGUCUUGAGGUUCUGUGUUUUUUGUGUGUAAAGCACUGCUGCCUGGUUGUCUUCCAUUUAUCCAUUGUUCCUUUUAUUAACCCCACACUGGACUAUGAUCAUUUUGAUUUGUUUGACUCAGAUGUUAUUGAUCUUUUUGAGUAUGAAUGUUCUAUAGGACAGUUUGGAUAAGGCCUUUGGCUAAAGCAGAACUACUGUCUACUGCUAGAAUAGGACCCUAACCCUCUGACCCUAACCCUCUGACCCUAAUCCUCUGACCCUCUGACCCUAACCCUCUGACCCUAACCCUCUGACCCUAAUCCUCUGACCCUAACCCUCUGACCCUAAUCCUCUGACCCUAACCCUCUGACCCUAACCCUCUGACCCUAACCCUCUGACCCUAACCCUCUGACCCUAACCCUCUCACCCUAAGCCUCUGACCCUAACCCUCUGACCCUAACCCUCUGACCCUAACCCUCUGACCCUAACCCUCUGACCCUAAGCCUCUAACCCUCUGACCCUAACCCUCUGACCCUAACCCUCUGACCCUAAGCCUCUGACCCUAACCCUCUGACCCUAAGCCUCUGACCCUAACCAUCUGACCCCAAGCCUCUGACCCUAACCCUCUGAUCCUAACCCUCUGACCCUAACUCUAACCCUCUAACCCUAACCCUCUAACCCUAACCCUCUGACACUAACCCUCUGACCCUAACCCUCUGACCCUAACCCUCUGACCCUAACCCUCUGACCCUAAGCCUCUAACCCUCUGACCCUAACCCUCUGACCCUAACCCUCUGACCCUAAGCCUCUGACCCUAACCCUCUGACCCUAUGCCUCUGACCCUAACCCUCUGACCCCAAGCCUCUGACCCUAACACUCUGAUCCUAACCCUCUGACCCUAACUCUAACCCUCUGACCCUAACCCCUCUGACCCCAAGCCUCUGACCCUAACCCUCUGAUCCUAACCCCCUGACCCUAAGCCUCUGACCCUAACCCUAACCCUCUGACACUAACCCUCUGACCCUAACCCUCUGAUCCUAACCCUCUGACCCUAACUCUAACCCUCUGACCCUAACCCUCUGACCCUAACCCUGCUUUAGAGAGGGUUGGGGAGCCACAAUGGACUGAUGAUGAGGAAUAGAAAGCACUGUCCCCUUGGAGAUGUCUAACGCAAGGCACUGUCCCGCUGGAGAUACCCACCGCAAACUGUGCAGCCUUAUCAGAUAGCAUUAAAGCUAGUUAGCAUUAUUAGAUGUCAUUAGCUAUCCCCUACAGAGAUUCAGUCUUCUGGAUUGAGUAGCUGGAGGCUGGUUAGCGUUGGUCCAGGGGCGUUUGUGUGCGUUCCAGUGGAGGAACACGCACUGACGGUGACGUGGACCAGAGCUAGAAGCUGGACAACGGUGAUGUGGACCAGAGCUAGAAGCUGGACAACACACUUUACGAGUAUACAGUACCUAGCAUGUUGCUGUGGCCAAGCCUCUGACCAUACAGUAGCUAGCAUGUUGCUGUGACCAAGCCUCUGACCAUACAGUAGCUAGCAUGUUGCUGUGACCAAGCCUCUGAUCACACAGUAGCUAGCAUGUUGCUGUGACCAAGCCUCUGACCAUACAGUAGCUAGCAUGUUGCUGUGACUAAGCCUCUGACCAAACAGCUGUUGUGUUCACAGCUCCGCCUUCAGAUGAAUUGAGCCAUAGCAAUAGAAUUACUGCUGUACAUCACUGUUCUAGGGAACAGGGAAGUUACUGCUGUACUUCCCUUCGCCUGUUCUAGUACACAUAUUUCUAUGAUUGUAGCUGGCUUGCAUAGAAUUCAUUCUGAGUUGCAGGGGAUUGAAAUGAAGGUUAACCUUAAUUGUGGUUGUAAAUAUAACUGAAAAGCGAUCUCUGUGUAGAUGUCACUUGUCCAUUGGGAGAUCAAUCGAUAUUGUCAUGUUAGUGUAAACGUUUUAAAAAGCAAAGUUUAACUUUUUUUGUUAUUUCAAAACAUUAUGCCCCCCCCCCCUAUUUUAAGUACAUUUAUUUGUAUUGCUGCAUCCUCUGUUGCCACAAUAUCUGAGUGAAUGAACAGGCAUCAAGUGUUUCAAAGUGGCUGACACCAAAGAUCUCAACAUUGAAAUCAGCUUCUGACAUUUCUUGUGUUGUCAUUGUUAAGGUUAUUAACAUGAAUGUCAAUGUGUUGUGUUGUCAUUGUUAAGGUUAUUAACAUCAAUGUCAAUGU